GAAUCCUACCGAUCGUUUGCUGCUAUCCAUCGUCGAUCAACGAUCAUGAUCAGCCCGAAGAUGCAAAGAACAGUUCGAGUGAACGAUGCUCAGCUGGUGAUGCUUUCGGAGAGGGCCCAUUACGAUCACUCCUUGGCCGGCCAUCUGUACAAGAAAACCGCGGAUUCGGCGAAGUGGCAACUAAGAUGGUUCGUCCUCUACCAAAACUUGCUCUUCUACUACGAAAACGACACGUGCUCCCGACCGAGCGGCGUCAUCUUGCUGGAGGGGUGUUACUGUGAUCGACUCAUCACUGCCAAAGGCAAGGAGCCGGACAAACAGCAUUGUUUCGCCGUAUCGUACAGAGGAGAAAACCAGCGGCAGUACGAACUAAAGGCGGCCUCGGAAACUGACUGUAAAACUUGGAUCGACGCGAUACGAGAGGCCAGCUUCAAUAAGUUGCUGCUGCAGAAGGAAGAGGUCGAGCAGAAGCAUCUGCACCUGUUGCAGAUCUUCGAGAGCGAGAAGAGAGCCAAAUGGCAGUCCAUCCAAGAGUGCGAGGAACUCACCUUGGAAGUCAAGGAGCUUCGUGCCGAGGUGUGCUCGCUGAAGAGGGAGCCGCGGCUGUCGACUGUGGCGCCUAUGACGUACUCCGGUACAGGCGUCGAGAACCUGAAGAGCCUAAUUCAAGGCAUGAGCAACUAUGCUCAAGAUGCGGACGCCUUCCCCUCGGAAUUCCAAGGAAACGGCGCGACCGGUCAGGGAAAUUCAUCGGGGUUAAGGGAAAUACCCGAAGGCUCGGUCGAGAUGAGGAAGAUCAAGAAGGUUCAGAGCUUCUUCAGGGGCUGGUUAUGCCGGCGACGGUGGAAGCAAAUUGUGGAGCAGUACAUAAAAAGCCCUCAUGCCGAGAGCAUGCGCAAGAGAAAUAGCUUGGUCUUCCAAAUGGUGGAGGCCGAGGAGGAAUACACCGAGCAAAUGGAGGUACUGGUGAGCUGCUUCCUGAGACCUUUCAAGAUGGCCGCCAGCUCGAAGAAGCCCCCCUGCAGCCACGAGGACGUCAAUAGCAUUUUCCUCAAUAGCGAGACCGUGCUCUUCCUGCAUCAGAUCUUCCUCAAAGGCUUGACCUCGCGCAUGGACAGCUGGCCCACUCUCGUUCUAGGAGAUCUCUUCGACAUGCUGCUGCCGAUGCUCUCGAUUUACCAGGAGUACGUGCGUAAUCAUCACUACAGCCUGCAAGUCCUCACCGAGUGCAAACAGUCUUCUCCGCAAUUUGCAGCUUUGCUCUCUCGUCUCGAGAAUAAGCCCGCCUGUCAGGGUCGCUCCCUGGAGACGUUUCUCACUUAUCCUAUGCAUCAGAUUCCUAGAUACAUCAUUACUCUUCACGAACUUCUGGCGCACACCCCGCACGACCACGUGGAGCGAAAGAGCUUGCAAAAUGCAAGGCAACAGCUUGAGGAUUUAUCGAGGCAGAUGCACGACGAGGUCAGCGAGACGGAAAACCUGCGGAAGAACCUGGCGGUCGAGAGAAUGAUCGUCGAAGGCUGUGACAUUUUGCUGGACGUCAAUCAAGUAUUCGUCAGGCAAGGGGCACUUAUACAAAUUUCGGACAAACCGAGGGGGGCUCGCAGCCGUCUCAGUGCAACUUUUGGAGGAAAAGGAGGAGGCGACAAGGAGACCGUGAGGCAGUGCUUUCUGUUCUCCAAUCACCUGAUACUGGCGACUCGACAAUCGGACGACGACGGCCGUCUGAACCUGGUACCACAAAUUGGGAAAAUACCGCUGACGGAUGCGGUGCUCAUAGAGGACCCCAGCGACCAGGGCGUCGUGGACGAUGACGAACUGUCGGUGUGCUCCAUGUCGAGUGGAAUUAGCGAGAACAGCGGCAGUGGCAGCGGGGGUGGCGGCGACAAGCUUCAGAAUCGCGAUUUUAAGAUCAUUUUAGAUGUAAAGACCGGGGGGCCUCCGGUUGCCGUUCACCUGAUAGCUUCGACCAUGCAGGAAAAAGCUGCGUGGAUCAGCGACAUCAGUCAGUGCAUGGACAACGUUCGCUUCAACGACCUUCUCCAUGGCUCGCUGUCGGAUACGAGCUCCGUGACGAUGCCCCAGUCGAUCCGAAACGAUCCCAAACUGUUCAAAGACGACGUGGACAUUAGGUUCAGUCGGACACUGAACUCCUGCAAGGUCCCGCAAAUUCGCUACGCCACGCCCGAGCGUCUCCUUCAACGACUGACGGAUCUACGCUUCCUCAGCAUCGAUUUCCUCAACACGUUUCUAUUGACGUAUCGAGUCUUCACCGACGGUGUCACCGUCCUGGAAGCUCUGAAGAAAGUAUUCUACGAUGCCGAGCCCCCGGACGCCCAACCCGCGAGUGGUUCCCUCGUGUCGUUGGACGCCCUUGGUAACCCUUCCGGGGACCAUUCGCAACACGUGGACGAGCGUCGAAGAAGCAGCGUGUCUCUCGGAAGAACCAGCGUCGCCAGUUCCGUUUCCGGAUACGUAUCGGAGAUGAGCGAUAGUCGAGAAGCACGGAACCACGGGUGUUGCGAAUCCAACGUGAACGCUCUGACCCCCAACGCAAAGCCCCAUUGGCGGUCUGGCUACCGAAAGUUCGAGGAGGAACAGCAGUUGAGUCUGAUUUCCGAGGCUCCGCCGAUCAUCAAACGUAGCCCCACUUUUCAAUCGCAAGGUGCAUCCGACGAUGGGCAGUCGCCGUCGGUGCAACGAAGGGCAAACGUUCGGAUGAAUAAUAAUUCCGAGGAUGACGGAUAUCAUCUCACUAUUCCGUCGUCGAUCGCGGUAUCCUCGAGUGCCGAAACUCUCACAGAUGCAACGGUAAUUAGUGCACCGUCAUCGCCGAGUAAUUUAAGUUCCGUGACAUUGGUCGGUUCGACGGGAUCUGGAUCGGGAUCGGGAUCGGAUCCUAGUCCUCAGGAUGGAGGUUCGAUUUCUAGAGGCGUUUCCGAGGAAACGGAAGACACUCCUACGGCCACGGAUGCGAGUUCAAAGGACGAUGUGCAGUUUGUCUACGACGACCCCCCUUCCGUGUCGCCAAAAUCUCCGAAAGCCGAUCGAUCCACAAAAUCUCCGCGAUCUACGAGGGGCAGAAGAAUACACUCCGACAAAGACGAUCAAGGGUGGAUCGAGGACGAGAGCAAUGCUUCGGUUGAAUUUUGUCAUCAUAACUGUCAUCACGUUAACCUGCAAGGUCACCAUGCAUCCGAACAUAGGGCCUCCGUAGUUUCCGCGCCACCGACGUCUAUAAGGAGUGGGUCGAUUUCAACUAUUACCGGAAAUUACUGGGUGGGCAGACGAUCCAUUCAGGACAGCGAGGGAGGUUCUCAGCAGAGUUAUCAACACGAUGUUCAACAAGUGUCCAGUAAAGCUGGAGUGGUCAUUACCAGUUUUCGCCUGAGUCAUCGAAGCAUUGGACACGAACCUUUAUGGAGCAGCACAUCUGGUGCAGCAACCGCGUUUGCUAUAGCAACGUCAGCAUCCAGCAAUCCCCCUGACAUGGCACCUGGAAGAGGAAGCGUCAGCGAUGGAAGCAACCGUAGUGGAUCGUGUCGCGAUAAGAACAGACGCAAAGAGUCCGUCAUGUCAACGGCCGCAACAAUGAGAGUACUCAACGUUCUCAGACACUGGGUAUCGAAGCAUGCUCAGGAUUUUGAAAUGGACCAGAGACUGAAAAACCUGACCAUUGAGUUCCUGGAAGAUAUCAUAUAUAGUCCAAAUUUACUUCCGGCUGAGCAUAAAGCCGCUAGUCAACUGUUGAGGCUGAUAACGAAAGAAGAACCCGAAAGCAGUAAGGUGGACCUGAAGAAGUUACUGGCGCCAUCUGCGGUGCAAAGCAAGGAAAGCAUCGAGGCGCUGUCAGCUCUGGAGAUCGCCGAGCAAAUGACCUAUCUAGAUCACCAAAUAUUUGUUUCCAUAGCUAGCGAAGAAUUCCUCGGACAAGCAUGGAUGAAGGCUGACAAAGCGACCCGGGCACCGCACAUAAUCUUAAUGACCAAGAGGUUCAACGAGGUCUCGCAGUUGGUAGUUUCCGAAAUUAUUCGCCGAUCCAACAUGUCCGCCAGAGUGGCUGCAAUCGAAAAGUGGACCACGGUAGCCGACAUCAGUCGGGUUUUUCACAAUUACAAUGGGGUAUUACAGAUCUGCGCUGCCUUCACGAACAGCAGCGUCUAUAGACUCAAAAAAACCUGGGAGAAAGUUUCCAAGACCACUAAACAAACUAUCGAAAGACUACAAAACAUCGUUUCUUCGGACGGACGCUUCAGAAACCUAAGAGAUGCUCUGCACCGUUGCGACCCACCCUGCAUCCCUUAUUUGGGGCUUUAUUUGACGGAUCUCUCCUUCAUAGAGGAAGGCACUCCGAAUUUUACAGAGGAUGGACUUCUCAACUUCUCCAAAAUGCGAAUGAUUGCCCAUGUAAUUCGAGAGAUACGACACUUCCAACAGACCCCUUACAAGAUCGAGUUAAUUCCAAAAGUUGCAAAUUACUUGUUGGACACGGCCCUUCUACUCGAGGAGGAGGAUUUAUAUCGAAUGUCUCUGGAGAUCGAACCCAGGACCUCCAGACUGGGCAGCUCGACGGUAAUCAACCUUCCGCCUUCGAUCGGUCAACCGACGUUAAAAAAUUAAUUUCGGGCUAUGAACUUUCCAAUACAAAAAUACUUUUUCGAGACGUUACGUCGAUCCGUACGUUGACCGAAAAGUUGCAAACCUUCGUGGCUGCUUACCUUCGUACCUAAACGAGCCCUCUGCAAAGGUGCCGAAAUAUCGCUGUUCGCUUUAGUCUACUAUAGGUUUAGGACUCCGGCUUGUCUUCGAUUCGGUUUUCGUUACUUUCGACGUUCGUUGAAACGAAGCAGCAGUUAGAGUACAAGGUUCAUCGAAUCUUUGAUGAACAUGCCAAAGAAAUCUUAUUGACGCGCCGCGAUAGGUAUUCUCCGAAUGAUCACGAGAUUGUCAACUUUCACCGAAGUUUGAUUUCAUGCGAGCGAACGAGUCAGUUGGAUCGCGAAAUCACAUUAGCCCGAGCAACUCAGCUGACAGUAUUAAAAACUCUAGUUAUAAGUUUGUCAGUUCACGGAAAAACCGAACGGAAGAAAUUAAAGACUAAUCGUAAGACGAAUUCAGGCGACGAAGGAACACUGUGUGUUGACAAUCAAUAGCGUUAAAAGCUGUCACAUUUGUCAUUCUAGUCACACUCGCUCGAAGCGACCUUCGCGAUUGCCAAGCAGAGAUUCCCGAAAGUUUGACAAAUUGUUCUAAACAAUUUUCUAUGUCUUUUCUCGACAUCGAUGAGUUUUAUACGACCAACGUGUACUACGUGGCAAAUAUUUGAAUCGCCGUUUGGUGUUUCUCUCAUUUACUGGGAAUUCGGUAUACGUUGAUUCGUCGAUCAAACCUAGACUCUAAGCUAUGAAUAGGUAUUAGAUUUUUCCUCAUUCUUCCAAUUUUCGUAUCGCGAUCUUCGUUCGAAACGAGAUAGGAAAUUCUUGUUGGGUGACGCGGACGGAGUAACGUUAAAAAUCUGUGCAUGGCAUUCGCAAUUACGAUGCUCGCCAGCAUCUUUUGAUUCACUUGUGACAGACUGCGACGUAUAAGCUUUUGUCGAGCCGGAGUAGUUGGUAAAACAUAUCAGAAUUAUUGGACAAUUUCGAGUACCUAUUUAUCUUAAUACUUACACGUCUACAAGACUUCUGUUUAACUGAACUAUGUAUACUAUAAUCCGUACGAUAAGUUAGCGAGAGUCACCGAUACGGAGCGAAAGGGGAUAUUUUAUCUCGCAAGCUAAAUUGCAGAAGGAUGUAAACGUCAAGGUUCUACCAUCUUUUCGUGCAUCCGGUGUACUUCGGCUAUGCGUUUGUUGAUACUUCAAUACCUCAUUAUAAUUGUAAAGACAACUGUGAGACGAGAGAGAGUAGAAACGCAAGUCUGGGAACUCGAACGUAUUUUUCACGAUUACGAGUCUCCAAGAGAAGCAUAUGUAAAUUAUUCUUUAUCCGCGUGUUCAUUUAGAUCGACUAAGCUUACCGAACUUAACAUACGUACCAUGAACUUCUAGUACAAAGAAGCAAACAAAGCAAACCUCAAUGUGAUCGACUCUCCUUAAGAUUUCUUUAAGAAACUACUAUUUCUCGAUUUUCAAGUAAAACCAAGGAAUGUCCAAAAUUUGUAAUCAAAGGGCCGAUGCAAAUCUAUCAAUCAAAUUCUUCUUUUAUAAUCAAAGGUUCCGCGUAUUAUUAAGUACGUUAUUGGUGUAGGUAAAACCAUUGCUAUCCUUCAAAGAAACACCCUAUGAUUUUCGGAGAAAGUCUGCCCCUCGUCUUCGAGACGAAAUUCCAACCUCUCCUUCGCGACUUUCCCUUCUCCCGUUUUAACACGCCCACUAAAAGAUAAUCCGAAUUUGCAAUAUCACUUUACGCGAAAAGGACUAUAGAAAUCGCGAACCUGUUGUAAACUGUGAGUUUCUAUGGAUUAGCGGUCUUUAAAAUAGAUUUUCCCUGGAGAAAUUUGAUGCCAAAAAUUCCUGUGUGCAUCGUUCUCAAAGAUUGCGCAUACAAACGCGGGUUGAGUUCAUAUCCAUAAAUUGCAAUGUAAGAACGCGCGUUUGCAUGGGCACGUGCACCUCUCUACGUGCAAGCGUAAGGACGUGUACAGUGUACAUACCGAGUAAUCAUUGUACCGUAAAAUUACUAUAUCGUUGUUGAUCUAUUUCAGCGUACAUAAAGAGAACGUACCGUUAAGAGAAGUAUUUAUUAUCAAUGUUGCGCCGGCAUAUAUUAUUGUAUUGCGGCACUUAGAGAUUCUAGAUGACUCGACUUACGUCUCGUUUGAAAUUAGUCCAAAGAAAGGAAGAGUAUUAAGAUUUUUAUAAUUCGAGAGGUAGAGUACACUUAAGUACGAUGCAGCGCGUCAGGCUCGUUAUAGACGAUCCUGCACCUGCAUCUUUCCGCCGCAUUGAGUUUAUGGGGCGAGUAUAUUUUCUUGACGCGUUAUAUACGUAGCUACUUGGCACAACGGUCCUGGUGUAACUUAACAUCCGAAACAAGGAAAUAUCCAUUUUACGGCGAAGGGCACCCCGGCUCAUGUGCCAGAAUAGCUACACAAAUAACGAAACUGUUACUAUUGAAAGCAAAGUGCGGCUGAGUCAUGGCGGAUUCUCAUGUUGCACUCCAUUAAAUCGGCAGAGAAGGCCACGCGAUUUCAGCUCUCGGCGACGUAGUACCUUUAAUGUUAACAGAGACUUGAGAAAAUUGUAUUACUCAUUUCAGUUGGAAUUAUUAGCUCUUCGUGCAAAACUUUCGACGAGCAAUCAAAACUUUGCCAAGUCCGAGUCUUGCGAGGCUCGAAAAGUUGGCAACGAAGUUUAAAAAACGGAUGGAAAAUAUUUUUCACCAAGGUACCGUUUUCAACCUCGCGAAACGUAGAAGCGAGAAGAUUAGGUUCCACGAAAAUUCAAACAUCCGAUCGACCCUUGUCCUGUUAUUACUCAUUUAUUGUCUCACGUCGAUCGGCUUUAUUCCUAUCCGGUUAUUCGUGUUUCCUCUAGAAUCGUAAGCUUUCUUCUACCGAUGCGUGCACGCGUUCAAGUUACCUAGUUAUUAUAAGUCUUAGAAAGAUGAACUACAUAUAUAUACAGAAUUUUCUAUGUACAUAUAUGUACCAUACAUGUGAGAUAUAUUUUGCGUGCACGGCGCGCGGUUUGUCCCGCCGAACGAUCACUGCCCCUUAAAAGCCAGGAAUGACAUUUUUUCGUACAAAUUAUACCUCACCGGAUACGUUAGCACAAAGUACAAAUUGUUAGGUUCUCCCGCACAAAUUCGAGGGAAACAUUUGAUUCCCGUAAACGUCUACCCGAUCGUCUUGCAGUUUAACUUCGAUCGCGAAAGUGUCGAUUUUGCGGGACAAUCGACGCGCCUGCAUUUAUAACGGAAUUCUUCGAAAUAGAUCUUAACGAAACAAAUAGAUAUCGAGCAUAAAUCAUCAGCUGGUUGUGAAUAAAUGUUAACUGUCUACAGAGAUGCAGACUCGCGCAAAGCACCGUUAGAAGGUACGAAUCGCUGCACGAGAUGCGGUCGAGCUUCGCCGAUCCUCGUUAUCGAACGAUAUCUCGACGAACGAAACUGUCCAUAUAGGAUGAGCGCAUUUGGAGCGCUCGGGGAAAGAGAUCGACGAUCGAACCUUUAGAUAUUCUACCGCAAACGACUCUAGGGCUAUUUGUAAUCAUUUAUUCGACCACUCGAGUCACCCGGGCAGAUUUCUUGCGAGACUUAACCCGAUCUUAUCGUUCUACCUUAAGCGUAAGAAUGAAUUUACAAAUGUAACGUCGACGAUGCGCUUUGACCCUUUGGGGACGGUAUUUUUGAAGCCAAGUUAUUCUCAUCGGUCUCUACAAAUAAAUGCUCCUAGUCCUUCGACCAUAAAAUAUAUGGCAUCCGUCCACGAAGGGUCAAUUUCUAGCCGAUGAAUCCGUAGAAAGGAAAUCUAAAUGCAAUUGGAUCCGCCGUUGUCGUUCGACUUCGCCUAACGGGGGAACCUACGAACGUCCGGUCAGCGGUUCGUCAAUAGUCGGGUUUUUUUAUUUUUUGCGUCAAAGAAAGGUUGCACGUCCCGUUGGCGAUAUAUCGAAUACGAUGGCUCACUCGAUCGCAAAUACGAUCCAACGGAUCGUCCUCGCGUCCACUUUUAAUCGACCGCUCGAAUCGAGUCCGAACGUCGUCGAGCUCUCAAGACCCUCCCUGUCUCUCGAUCUAUCUCCCUCUCCGUACCCCCGCCACGGGCUCAAGGAAUUGAAAAGGAUUACGACGCCUGCCGGAAAUCAAGACGAGUCGAACGAAGAGCGAGGCGUUUGCGCAAAGGGGGACUUUACACUAAGCGUUGACCCUGUCUACUACCUAUCGAACGUUUUGUA